CUCACUCUCCUUCUCAUUUUGAUGCAACUUCAUUACCUCUAUAAUGUCACUCAUUUCUUUUCUUCUAACUGUAAUUGUAACUAUUUGUGCUGCUUCUUCUACUUCUUCCUUCACUCUCUCCUCAAAUGACAACAACACCACCAUUGUGAUAAGAGGAGACACCACCAUUCUAAGCGAAAACCGAACCUUCGAAUUGGGUUUCUUCAACUUGAGUUCCAACCAACCUCACUGGUACCUUGCGAUACGCUACGCUUCUCUUCCAACCCCAAACUUCGUCUGGGUCGCGAACCGCCACAAACCCAUCACCAACCUCGCCGGUUCAACCCUCAAACUCACCCGAACCGGUCAGCUACUCCUCACUGACCCAUCAUCAAGUUCAAUCCUUUGGCAAACCAACAACACCAACGACUCAAAGGGUGUUGAUUUUGGUGUUGGUGUUGAGCUGAAGCUUCUUGAGAAUGGGAACCUCGUUCUUCUCACCGGAAACGGCGACGUUUCGUGGCAAAGCUUCGAUUACCCGACUGACACGUGGUUACCCGGAAUGAACCUGACCCGGGUCCGAUCCCUUGUUUCCUGGCGAACCGAAACGGACCCUUCCCCUGGUUUGUAUUCCCUGCGGCUGAAACCACCGGAUUACGGUGAGUUCGAGCUUGUCUUCAACGGCACCGUUUCGUAUUGGUCAACCGGGAACUGGACAAACGGGUCGUUCCUCAACGUGCCGGAGAUGACGAUACCGUACAUUUACCGGUUCGAUUUCGAGGACCCGUUUUCUCCGACGGCGUCGUUUGGGUUCUCGGAGAGGCCGUUGGAGAGUGGGUUGAAGCCGCCGACGCUGUUCCGUGUGGAGCAUUAUGGGCAGGUUCGGCAGUACACGUGGGCGAUGCAGGUAGGUUCGUGGAACAUGUUCUGGUCCAAGCCUGAUGGGGUUUGUCAGGUUCGGGGUUUGUGUGGUAGCUUCGGUGUCUGCAGUGGCGAAAUCUCGAGGCUUUGUGAGUGUGUCCGUGGUUUUGAGCCUGUGGAUGGUGAUGGGUGGGGUUCUGGUGAUUACUCCUUAGGUUGUCACCGUGAAGAUGAUGGAACCUGUGAUGAAAGUGAUGGUUUUGAAGAUCUGGGUGUUGUUGGGUUUGAAGGUGGUAAUUUUAGUUCUUUUAGAGCCAAGUCUAGAAGCUUUUGUGAGCGUAAAUGUUUGGAUUCUUGUGCUUGUGUUGGUUUGGAUUUUGAUGAAGGGAGUGGUUUUUGCAAGAAUUUUUAUGGGUCUCCUUUGGAUUUUCAAAAUUUAACUGCUUUUGGGGGAUCUGGUGGUGGUGGUGGUGGUGGUGGGGUGCUUUUUGUUAGGGUUCCAAGAGUGGGGUCUGUGAAGAAGGGGUUUAGUAGUAAGGCUUUGAGUGCUGCUGUUAUUGGGUCAGUUGCAGUUUUGGGUGUGGUGGUGAUGGUGACAUGGUUGGUGUUGCUCAAGAGGAGGCUGAAGAAGAAGGGGAUGGAGGGAGAUGGGUUUGUUCCUGUGUUGAAUUUGCAGUUGUUUUCUUACAAGGAGCUUCAGUUGGCGACUCGAGGGUUUUCGGAGAAAGUUGGACAUGGUGGGUUUGGGACGGUGUUUCAAGGGGAGUUGAGUGAUUCUACACUUGUUGCUGUGAAGCGUUUGGAGAGGCCAGGGGGUGGAGAGAAAGAGUUCAGGGCUGAGGUUUCCACAAUUGGGAAUAUUCAGCAUGUUAAUCUUGUGAGGCUCAGAGGGUUUUGUUCUGAGAAUUCUCAUAGGCUUUUGGUUUAUGAGUUCAUGCAGAAUGGUGCCCUGAGUGCUUAUCUGCGCAAAGAAGGGCCAACUUUGAGCUGGGAUGUUAGGUUCCAGGUAGCAAUUGGAACGGCCAAAGGGAUAGCAUAUUUACAUGAGGAAUGUAGAUGCUGCAUUAUCCACUGUGAUAUCAAACCUGAAAACAUCCUUUUGGAUAAUGAUUUCACUGCAAAAGUUUCCGAUUUUGGAUUAGCCAAGCUCAUUGGCAGGGACUUCAGUAGGGUGUUGGCGACCAUGAGGGGUACUUGGGGAUAUGUAGCUCCGGAGUGGAUUUCUGGUGUGACAAUUACCACCAAAGCUGAUGUUUACAGCUACGGAAUGACAUUGCUAGAACUACUCAGUGGUCGUCGGAAUGUGGAGGCACCGCCAUCUGAUGGUGGUAGAGAGAGUGGUUGUGAGACGGGAGAGAAGUGGUUCUUUCCUCCAUGGGCUGCACAGCAGAUAAUAGAGGGUAAUGUAACUGCUGUGAUUGAUAAGAAGCUUGUAAAUGUAUAUAACAUUGAGGAGGUUAGGAGGGCUGCUUUGGUGGCAGUUUGGUGCAUUCAGGAUGAUGAGGCAAUGAGACCUACUAUGGGUAUGGUGGUGAAAAUGUUAGAGGGGCUAGUGGAGGUGACUAUUCCUCCACCACCUAAGUUGCUACAAGCAUUGGUUACUGGGGAGUCAUUUCAUGGGGUCAAGGUUGAUUCUGGAAAUGGGGUAUCCACUGGUUGUAGCUUAUCUGGUGGCAACUUGGAAGUGUCAACUGCUGAUUCAGAAUCAUGUAUAGGGGAUGUUUUUUCCCCAUUGGAUGUCAAUGUCAAUGUCAAUGUUCGAUGACAAAGUUCUGGUAUUAGUCCAGAUUAUAGCAUUGUUAAUUUAGUAUACCUCAUCUCUCCCUUCCCUCCCUUUUUUUUUCUCUCUAAGGAGAGGGAUGGAAAAACAAAGAAAAAGAACAUUGGAUGUGGAUGUAAAUUAGUUGCCUUUGCUGGACAGCUUUUGGUUGUUUGAAAUUAGGAUGUUGAAACUUGAAAGAGUGGAUU